GCAGUUGCCGUUUUCCACCACAUCGUUGGAUCCGCAGUAGCAAAGCAAAACUCAAAGGAACCUAAAGCUUGAAGGCCUACCCACCUCAAGAGCGAACGCUAGCUUUUGUUAGCAAGCUAUCAUAGCCACACUUUUACAGUUCCCCUCUUUAAGUUCAUAACAUUCCUGAGAAAACGAAAUGGCAGAGGCCUUCUCCGUGGCUGCCACCGGUUUGGCUCUCAUUCACCUCAGCGCGAAGGUGUUCAAACUUUGCUAUGACUACUGCGACACAGUCAAGGGGAGCCAACAAGAUUUCAAGAAACUGGGGGACGAGAUUAAGAGUAUCCACCAGCAGCUCGAGGAAAUCCGAAGCCUUGCCGCCGGAGACGAUGAGAGCGACCCACAAUACCCUGCCCUUCUUCAAUGGACAAAAAAUGAGAGUCUGAAUGAUUACAGGAUAGCGCUGGAGGAGCUGGAGGAAAGGUUAGAUGUGCCUGAAUGGAGGAAAUCUACGAGAAAAUAUGUUUGGCCUUUUCGCAAACCCAAAAUGGAACAUUACCUGGGCUUGGUUGAAGAGCAGAGAUCGAAACUUCACCUUUUAUUAACCACAACCACAACGUAGGUUAUCCAUUCUUCAAUGCCCUGGGGAUCUAACUUCUCGACUUCCUUUCUUGUUUCACGGCGGAGCUAACUAAUAGUAUAGGAAGACGGUAACUAAAGUGUUACGAAAACUAGAUGGUACUUGGCUACAUUAUUCCUAAUCCGGUUAAUUAUCUUCUCUACUAAUAUCAGAUAUUUCGGAUACCCUAGACAAAGAAUUCCGGGAGGUGCUAAAAUGGCUUAACGUCGUUGAUCCAGCCUCGAAUUAUUCAUCUGCGCUUGCUCUUCGCGAACCCGGUACGGGGAAUUGGCUGAUAAAGGGACCUGAAUACCAAGAUUGGAAGGAAGGGAGAGGAGGGGUUCUCUGGCUUCACGGUAUACGUAAGUAUACAGACGAGUAAAAUCUUAUAUUCCAAGAAUGUCGCUAAUAUUCGCAUCUUAUAGCCGGGUGUGGCAAAAGUGUCCUAAGGUACGAACUUAACAAGGCAUCCGGAGGUGCAAUAUGAUUUCCAUAUCGCUAACUCUCCCUUUAGCGCUACUGCCAUUCAUGAUGUCAAAAAUAUGUGCAACUCGAACGACGAUCGCACAUUAGCCUACUUCUAUUUUACCUUUAGCGACUCGGAGAAGCAGAAUUUUCUCAAUAUGCUUCUAUCCAUCGUUGGCCAACUAUUAGAAGGCGUUUCAGGCCGCUGUUUCCCCGAUGAGGUUAUAAAUCUGUACCACAAUUCCAAGGCAGUUGGAAAGUCAACCGAUAUCGAUGCCCUGAAAUCAGCAUUUUCGCAGAUGGUAAAGCUUUCCAAACGGACAUUUAUCAUCCUCGAUGCCUUAGACGAGUUCCCCAAGAACACACGGGGGAGUCUCCUAUCCUGGAUAAGCGAGCUUACUACGGUUGAUCAUAAUGCGGGAUCGCUUUCCAUUCUCGUCACCAGCCGUCCCGAGGCCGAUAUAGUGAAGUUUCUAGAACCACUCGCCACUUUUUCAAUAUCGCUACAAUCCAAUACUGUCGAUCCAGAUAUCCGGUUCUAUAUACAGAACUCCCUGGACGGUAGGGAUGGCCUCAAGGAAUUCACCAAAGAAAUCAAAAUGGAGAUAGAGGACACACUCGUUGCUCGCGCACAAGGAAUGUAUGUUAUACUCAACUUCUAAAUUUUUAACUUACGCUUACAUAAGGUUGGAUAUGUGAAGGUUCCGAUGGGUGGACUGUCUUUUACGAGUUCUAGAGGAAUGCAUAACACCAAAAUCUGUGAGAACAGCCUUGCAGGAACUGCCGAAGGAUUUGGAUUCCGUCUACUUGAGGAUCCUUAACAGCAUUCCCGAGACGCAGAGGGAAUACAUUAGGCGAGCGAUGCAUUGGCUCACAUUUUCGGCAGUACCGUUGACAUUGGGCCAGCUUGCGGAGGCCAUUGUGAUCGAAUACGAUGUCAACGAAUAUGGCGAGGAUUCUGAACCCCUUUUUAAUAUGAAGUCCCUCAUGAGCAUUUGCCCGAGCCUUAUUUCCUUCGAAGAUGCCAGGGACGAUCAAUCAUCCACUCAAGAGGACCGAAGAUUACGACUGGCUCAUUUCUCGGUAAAGGAAUAUCUGAUUUCCGACCGGACAGGUCAGGGCCCUGGUGCCUACUAUCAUAUUUCGGAGGAUAAAGCCAAUUUACUGAUGGCGCACGCUUGCCUCAGUCGAAUACUGCGACAGAGUGCACAAGCUACAAUAAGCGGGAACAAAGCCCAAAACACCCCGUUUCUCUACCACAGUGCCCGCUAUUGGUUCAUGUAUACUAGAUCUAUUGAGGAUACGGCACCCACCCCACUCCUCGACGUAUCGGUAAAGGUCCUCGAGCUGGGAAAGGAGUGGCUAGAUAUAUAUAACCCCGACCAACCUUACUGGCCUUCCACCCACAACGCCGGGGUUUACCCACCAGCAAUCUACUAUUCCUCUCUGCUAAAUUUGGUGACGGCCUGUAAAUUGCUAGUCAAUAGAGGAGUGGAUACAGUAAACGCGAAUGCUCAGGGCGGCUAUCAUAGCAAUGCACUUCAAGCAGCUGCAUAUCAAGGGAACGAAUCGGUCGUGCGGCUUCUCCUCGAGCAUGGGGCAGAAGUGAAUGUGCAAGGUGGCAAUUAUGGCAAUGCACUACAAGCAGCUGCAUAUCAAGGGAACGAAUCGGUUGUGCGGCUUCUCCUCAAGCAUGGGGCAGAAGUGAAUGUGCAAGGU